AUGUGCCAACACACUUACCGGCAUUACAAACACUGCGGGCACAUUGCCUCGUUAACUCUGGACGCCUGUGCCGAACUCACAGCGCGCAUGCACAGCCAACACAAAUCAGUCGGGCACUGGAUCAAAACAACGCACGAUCUUCAGCCCGACUCAGACAACUGCUGUCUAGCAUGUGAAGUUGAAUUGGGGAAACAGAUGUGCUCGCCGAAGCACAGAGGUAUCGGUACCAGCACGUCAUUCAGUGCUAUCGAGAAUCCACUGCGCUAUAUCUCACUUGGAGGCGUAGAUGAUUCAGGUCCACUAUUAACCGCAGACUUCGUGAUGACCGUUCCAUCGGGCGCUGAUGCACCGCAGCGGGAGCCUGAGGUUCUCUGCUAUUCCCCUGCCGGUGCGGUUGUGCAGAUGGAUGGCGGAGAACCAGGGAAGAACUCUAGCAGUAUACUUGGGGUUCUUGAAGCCCUAGGUCUUGGCUGGGGAGAUGACCGUAGUGUGGGUAGCAUCCCUGGCGCAUUUUGGUCGGAUGACUUUGACUACGAUUUGUGUAGUUUUGGAGAGACGGGGUCUUGGUUUCCGAAACCACCUUCAGUCUCGUCCGAGAGCGACAGCGAGUAUGAGGAGGAUAUGAGCGAAAGUUUCUGUCCACCCCCUCAUCAAAAGCCAGAGUCUUGGACGCCCGGACGCACGAGUCUCCAGUCUCCGGCCCCGCCGUUUUAUCGCAGUGACACGAGGCUUGGAGAUGAUAGCGAUUCAGACUUUGAUGAACUCGACUGUGACGAUGUCGUGGAGCCUGAGUCAGGACAGAACGGGGGUUUUUUCAAGGGGCUGCAAAUGGCGCUUCCAUCAUUUUUGCGAAAUGCCAAUGGGGAUCGCUUUUGGGAGCUCAUUUAA